AUGGUCCUUUCAGGAACAAAUUGCCCGGUGCAAGCAGGCGUCCAAGAGGUAGCCGAGGCAACCGUGCGCUGUUUCCGACGAGCCAUUCCGGCAGCGGUGCCCGGAAUAGUCUUCCUUUCCGGUGGUCAAAGUGCUAAACUAGCAACAGAACAUCUCAACGCCAUGAAUGCCAUAGGUAACUGUCCCAUGGGAACUUAG